GUGACCGAUAGCAGAGACAAUAAGGUUGUUACCGCCCAUAUCCACCUCCAGUGAUAUUUGAGGGCGGCGGACUAUGAUAUCAUAUAGCACGUAGCCAGGCAGGCGAGCGCGCGAUCCGUUUGUUUUUUCGCUACUUCGAAACUCCAUAUCGUGCGCCAAUGAUGAUUGGGAUGCAGUAUACUAUAUAUGAAUAUGAAUCCGUAUAUACACGAGUAGUCUAUACAAGUAGUAUGUGAGCUCGAUCGUGUUCUCAGCGUUCUCAUGAGUGUCAGCUGCUGUCAUCGUGUAUUAUCGUAAUUUGCAUUUAAGUUGCAAGUGCUUCUUUUUUAUAUUUUUUGUUUGUACUUUUUUUUCUUGCUACUCGAUUUUUAUAUCAUACAUUAUUGUUAUUAUUGCUGUGCAUGUGAAUCAAGCCAAAGGUACGAGUACCAGGGAGUGUAUUUGUGGGUGUGUUCAAGUGAAUUGAAAGCUCAGUCAGACAGACAGACAGACAGUCAAUCAAUCAAUCGAUUGAUCUGAUCUGAUCGGUUCGGAUCGCAUCUGAAUGUGAAUCAGCAUUAGAAUCAAAAUCAGUAUCAGUAUCAGAACCAGACAAACGUAUUGUUGUCGCUGAUGCGUUCGCUCCAAUUUCAUGCCUAUAAUAGAAUGUGUGAUUGUUCAUACAUAUUGGCAGUAUACUAUAUAGCCCGCCAUCGUGACCCGCAAUCGUUUGCGAUCUUUAUAAAAUCAUCAAAUUCGACGUCGACCCGUUUGCCGACGAGGGUGUGUGCGAUAUGCGUGUUUUGAACACGGAAUUGCGGCUGCGCUUCAAGAAUCGAAAGCCCCGUCCGUUCAAUCGUGCGGCAAGUGCCGAUGAUGCGGCAGCGGCAACGGCGGUACCCUCUGAUCUCUCGCCAACGGAGGCAACGGCAUAUGUUGUUACCAAUCAUGGCAGCAUCAGUUCUCCAUCCACGCCGAACUGUUCAGCGGGCGGGUGCAGCAGCAUCAGCAGCAUCAGCAACAGCAACAACAGCAACAACAACAACAGAAUCAACAGUGCCGCUUACACGCCGCUCUCCACGACGCCCAACAGCCAUCAUCAGCAUCAUCCACAGCAUCAGCAUCAGUCGCCGUCACAGCAGCUGGGCAACAAAGGCGUGGGUGUAGGCGUGGGUGUGCCCCCCGUACCGCCCGCCGCAGAGAGCAACGCUGGCAGCGGCAGCACAUCUGGCCACAAGAACAGUCUGAAGGGCACAAAGUUGGCGCGGCGUGCGCGCUCGUUCAAGGACGAUCUGAUUGAGAAAAUCUCAUUGAUGCGGACCCCAAACAACACGCUGGGCAGGUCACACUCGCCCCACAGCCCACGCAACAAACAUGCUUUGAAGCCGCCGCCCACCACCGAGGAGGUGCAAAAAUCCACACAGACGCUGGAGACGCACGUUAAGGACAUAUAUAAUGCGACCAAGCAUUUCCGUGAUGUCAUCUCGAAAAAGAAGCUCGAGGUACUCCCAGGCAAUGGUACCAUCAUCAUAGAGACUAUUGCGAGUUUGUAUUCAGUCAUACAAUCCUACACACUGAACGAGAACAGUGCCAUAAUGAGCUCGGCCACACGACAGGUCUACCAGUCGCUGGGCAAGCUCAUCAAGCUGUGCGAUGAGGUGAUGCUGACCAAGGAGGAUGUCGAGUGUGCAUCCCUAAGCGAUGAGAACGUGCGCGAAGUCAUUGACCUGUUGGAGGAAGCAGUACGCAAUCUGGUCACACUGGCGCAGACUAAGCUUAAGGAGCAGGAUCAGUGCACCUUCCGGUACAGUGGCUCUGGGCUGAGCGGCAUUGGUGCAGCCGCUGACAUCAUGGGGACCGUAACGGCGGCAGCAACCACAGGCACAGCCACAAUGCGACCGCCCGUCGACGCGGUGGUGCAACGCACAUCGUUGCCUGACAUUGCUCUAACGCCGAAAGAACGUGAUAUACUGGAACAGAGCAAUACCAAUCCUAUACGCGCCUCCCACAGCACCGAAAGCAUAUUGCGGGAUACGAGUCCGCCACCCAAACCACCGUUGCCGAACCGAAGCAGCAAUCCACCGCCUCUGCCGCCCAAGCGCCGUAGCCAGCCGUCACAGGCCAGUCCGCAGCCGUACCAGCAGUCCCACAAUAUGAGCGUUAACUCAGAUCUUGAUUGUAGUUCCAACUUUUCGCUUAUGAGCUGUGGCGUGGAUCGUUGCAGCUUGUCCGUGCGUUCGCGUUCCCCCGAUGAGAACUCUAGUCAAUGCUCCUUUGACUCGGCGCUGAAUCAUUCGCGCGAGGACGAGCAGCAUCAACACCUACACCAACAGCAGCAACCGCAGAAACAACCAACACAGCAGCAACUGGAAGACGCUCAGCUGCUUGAAGAUGAUGUAGACAAGAUGAUCAGCUAUACAUCGCAAUCGGAUGCAAAUACUGCUACUGCUAAUGUGGAUACUGUUGCACUGCAGCAGCAGGAGGAGGCGGCAACGCAACCCCCUGCUGCAGGUACAUUGAUAAACGCCUCUGGCGAGGGCAGCGGCGGUGAGUGUAACACGGAGCUCCGUAAAGUAGCCGCAGCGCUGACCAGCAAUCGACAUUCAAAUGAAUCGGGUUUCGUUUCCAUGAAAUCAUUUCGCACUUCUACGCAAAGUGUUUCGAAACGCUCCUCCGAUCAUAGCGUGCAGUCGUCAACCAAGUCAUCAAGCAGCAAUUCCGAAAUUGCAUUUGGCAUUAGCGAGACAACAACAACGGCAUCAUCAACAACAACAGCGGCAGUAACGUCCUCUACGAGAAGCAGUGAAUACCAUCAGCAUUAUCAGUCCAGCGUUCAGCGGCAAAGUGCGGCAACAACAACAACGACUUCUCUGGCAAACAACAUCUGCAACAUGAACAGCAGCAGCACCACCACAAUGUCAACAACUGCAACAUCCAGCUAUAGUGAGCUUGAACACUCAUCACUUAAUGCAUCGCCGGAGCACAAUCAUUCGAAGCUGCUCUCAGGGCGGGCAAUAGCACCCGCUUUGCCCCCCAAAUCACUGACCCGACAACCAACGCUCUGUGGGGCCGCCGAUGAACGGGAUGACACUACUAGUGAGCUUGCCCUGCUGCGCCAUAUGCCGUCGCACACGCCUUUCAAAUUCUCGUCGGAGCUGGAUCCGUGGCAUGCGAAGCACCACAGUCUGUCUGGGCCGCCGCUCAGUGCCCGCCUCGUGACCAGUUGCACGAUCGAUCGGCACAUGGACGAUCCGCCGCCGUUGCCGAUGAAGAAGAAGCACAUUCUGGCCUACAUGGAGAUCUGUUCGGCAUCGACACGCAACGUCGAGCAUCGCCACACGGUGCACGCAUAUAAUCUCAAUGUCCAACGAAAUUUAUCGCACAGCCAGACUAUGAAUAUCAUGCCCAUGAGUAAGGAGCUCUCACCUGAACACGAAACCCCACCAGCUCUGCCGCCCAAGAACUACAAGCAACGCAAGCCGAGUGCAUUGCCUCCCACGAUAAUCACAACACCGCCUCCCAGUCCCAAGCCGACGCACUUGAGCGGUGCCAGUGACGGCCAUGGCGAUGUGAGCAUCGGAUCUCGCAAUAGUCGCAUGACCACCGUCAGCGAGGAGCUUAGCGACGCAAUGCCGGCCGAAAAUGAUGAUGACGAUGCAGUGGCAGAUAUGAUGCCAGGCCACGAAAAUGUGGGUUCUGGCCAGGUUCACUAUUGCCACUCGCAUCAACUUCCAAGUGAGGCAAAUGUAUCGCCUGGCCGCGACGAGUCGGUGACGCCGAUCAGCACUCCGAAGCUCGAGGAGGACGACCAGGAGCAUGAGGAGGAGCAGGAGGAUGAAAAUGACGUUGAUGAGCAGUUGCCAAAUAUGCUGGAGGUAAUUGACAUUACGCCAUAUCUAAUACUCAAGAAGACGGAGGAGGAGGGUCCCGAGGUAAAGGGCGGCUUCAUUGAUGCACUCAUUGUGCAUGCCAGUCGCGCUUCAGCCCGCUCCGAUAACGCUUUCAGCGAAGCCUUCAUCACCACCUUCCGCACUUUUAUACAGCCGAUCGAUGUGAUUGAGAAGCUCACACAUCGCUACACUUACUUUUUUUGCCAGAUGCAGGAUCAAAAGCAGAAGGCGGCUAAGGAGACCUUUUCGCUGCUUGUACGCGUUGUCAACGAUUUGACCUUAUCCGAUUUAUCAAGUGAGCUGCUAAGUCUGCUCGUAGAGUUUGUCUAUCAGUUGGUAUGUUCUGGAGAGCUGUAUAUGGCCAAAGUUCUACGCAUCAAAUUCGUGGAAAAAGUGACUUACAAAAAUCAGCAGACGGCUGAGAAGGCACUGCAUCCAUGCAACGAUAAACCAACCCACCAGCAGCUUAGUUUGCUGGAUCUGAAAUCACUGGAAAUUGCUGAGCAAAUGACGCUGCUUGAUGCCGAGCUCUUUCAAAAGAUUGAAAUACCAGAAGUAUUACUUUUUGCCAAAGAUCAAUGCGAGGAGAAAUCGCCGAAUUUGAACAAGUUCACCGAGCACUUCAACAAGAUGUCAUAUUGGGCCCGCUCCAAGAUUCUACAGCUGUCGGAUGCCAAGGAGCGCGAGAAGCAUGUCAAUAAGUUCAUUAAGAUCAUGAAGCAUUUGCGUAAAAUGAACAAUUACAAUUCCUACUUGGCACUGUUGUCAGCCCUUGACUCAAGUCCAAUUCGCAGAUUGGAAUGGCAAAAGGGCACUGCCGAGGAGGUGCGUUCUUUUUGUGCCCUCAUCGAUUCCAGCUCAAGUUUUCGUGCAUAUCGCCAAGCUCUGGCAGACACACAGCCCCCCUGCAUACCUUAUAUCGGUCUGGUUCUGCAAGAUCUGACCUUUGUUCAUGUGGGGAAUCAAGAUUACAUGGCCAAGGGUGUGAUUAAUUUCUCAAAACGUUGGCAACAAUACAACAUUAUUGUGAAUAUGAAACGAUUUAAGAAAUGCGCAUAUCCAUUUCGACGCAAUGAGCGUAUUAUUAGUUUCUUCGACAAUUUCAAUGAAUUUAUCGGCGAGGAGGAAAUGUGGCAAAUAUCGGAGAAAAUCAAGCCGCGUGGUCGUCGUCCUGUCAACUAUUAGACUAAUUCUAAAAAGGAAGAGACGAGUGGAUGAAAGAAACAACUCAAACACCAACUAUUCUGCAACUACGCAAAAUUAGAACAACUACAAACUACAAACUAAGCAUUGUGCAAUGAUUGUGUCUACUUAUACAUAAUAUACAUAUAUAUGUAUAUAUUCAUAUGUAUAAAUAAUCACUCUAUGUGAGGAUUCCGAGUUUGCUGCUCUAUCCAUAUAGACAUAUAUAAUAUAGUAUAUGUCACCACAUAGAGUGGUACAUAUGUAUGUAUAGGUAAUACAUAUAUAUAUACAUAUAUAAACAAAUGUAGUAGCAUGCAUCUGUAGAUCAAUAUUAAGUAUAUAAUACAUAAUUAUACCAACAACAACAACUAUUUAGUUGCACCUAUAGAACGAUAGAUGGCUGGCCUAUGUGUAUGUUUGUAAACUCUCAGUAACAAAAAUUCAAAAUUCAGCACCAAACACGACUUUGUUUUGAAAACAUCUUUAAUCUGUAUAAACACAACGAAUUUUCGCUAUGUGGUCCAUAUUUUUAACUGUGUAUUUAAAAUGAUGUAUGUGUAUUGGUAUUGUGUACUUAGCGCCAAAUGACGUGUUUAAAUACAUAGGUGCAUAAAAACAAAAAGCGGUUCAGAGUAAAUGCCACACUAAAUCUACCCAUCGAAACAAAUUAAAACUGAAUAAGCCAAUAAACAAGCACAACUGGAUAAUAUGUACCCUUACAAACUACAUACAUAUAUACAAUAUGAACGCUUGACCAACAAAGUUUAACUUAAUUGUAUUUUAAUAGCAUUUAAAAUAUUUAUAUUUUUCUAAAUAACACCGAAGGAAAGCGUUUUUGUUACAGUCCAGCCAAUGAUUAUUUAAGACUGAAACGGUUCUGCUUCAACUUAUUUGCAUUUUUAGAAAGGGUUUUUUUUUUAAUAUAUAUUAAUAAAUUAAGUAUAUAUUUAUAUUUAUAUACAUAUUUAUGGAACAACUUCAUAUAAAUGCUUUAAGACUCCAAACUUAAAUGAGCUAUGUAGUUUUAUAAAAAAGUAAUUUAAACAUUCUUUCUAUCACAGUGUUUAUAAAAUGAGACGAAUAGUCAGUCUACAGUCGACAGAAUUAUUUCAUAAUACAAAUUUGCUCUUCGGGUAAAAGAUAUUAUAGGUUGUAGAAUAACCUUAGGUCAAACGGCAACUUGAUUUAGUCUAAAAUAAAUAUUGGAUGGUCCGUAAAACCUUUUCCUCGAUUUAUUUAUAUGUUGAAGGACUAAUAUACUAUGCAUAACCUGUUGUUAUUAUCAUAACUUUUAUUUAUUCCAUUGUUUCUAUUAAAUUAAAAUAAACACAAAAAUUAAA